AUGGAAGGGGUUGCUCGUUUAUUCCUCGUUAAACUAUACGGAGAAAUGCCUUAUUUGGAAUUUCUCGAAAAACAAAAGUCGAAUCAGGGAACAUAUGUAGUCAAAAGGGGAAAAGUAUCUACUCCGAUUACUGGUAGUAAGUUUAUUUAUUAAAUAAAAUUAUUUAAAAAUGAUAGAAAAACGCCUUCAUGAACAAGGGAGCGGUAGUCAUCAUGAACAGUUAGAAGGAAAAAAGAGUCCAAGAACAAGUUUAAGCCCGAGCAAAAAGAGAGGUGGAAGC